GUUCACGCGCGAGUGUGAAAGUCUACGAGGUUUCACCAUGAAGAGCGCAGUGGAAAACAUUUUAGCUUCUACGACCGCAGAAGCGAAAUUGCAUUCGUAGUGCGUGCAGUGCGCUCCUGCACACCUGUACAGAAGGACGAAGGGAGAGUGAAAAAGCAUCCUGCCGAAUUGAUUCGAUCAAUUUAAAUCAUCGUGGAAGUGCAAAAAGAACGACAACGUGUAAACCGUAAAUAACUAAGAUUAAUUUAGCAAUUACAGAAGAUAUAAACAUAACUUGAUAUGACAGAAACCACUAUUAUUUCGUGAAACGUGAGAAAAAUAGACAAAUACUCUUACAACAACGAAAAAUGCGAUGUAUAAAAUUCAGAUUUGUCAAUAUGAGAUAUAUUGAUAAUUAAAUUGUAGUGAAUUAAAUUAUAUAAUUUAUUAAAUAUUUGUUAUAAGUAUGCGAUAAUUUCCAACAUUCAUCUGGUCUGUUGAAGAGAAAAAGAAAAGAAGAAUUGAAGAUUCCAAUCGUCAGAUUUUGACGUUCUGAGGAAACGAGAGAGAGAGAGAGAGAAAAAAGAAUGCCGGCGGAAUCGUCAAUCUACUGGAGCUCUGUCGAUUCUCGAAGAUCAGCUGCCAGCGGUAGUUACGGAAGCGGCAGCCGUCAUUAUGUAGACCCGUGGGAUCUGGAGAAUUAUGCUUACUUACGUCGUCACAGCGUCGCUGACGUGCCACAUCGAACUCGACGUCCUGCCACUCAGGAACGUUCCCUCCGUGAUGCGCGAACACGCUCGGAAUAUUGGUACACUUCCUCCUCACUGAGAGAACCCGAGAACGACAGUCCCUCGUACACGCAGAAAUUAUACCAUGGACCAAUUAGGCCAACAAACAAUGGCUGCUAUUAUCAGCAAGCUAUCUACGAGGACGAGGGAAUGGAUUACGCCGCUCCGUUUCCGGUCUACGCGCCCGUGCUUGGUUUCCCUUCACAAGAAGAAAGAAGCUUGCAACAUGCGAACCACGCAAACGAAGAUAAAUACAUGGAAGUGAUGCCACCGCCGCAAAUCGAUUUAAAUACGUAUGGCCACUUGAAAAUUGACUAUACAAACAGCUGGAAUUCUCUCAAUCGUCGAAUUGGAAAAUAAACAGAUUGCGCUCCUGAAUUAGAUACAUAAAUAUAAGUAAAUGUUAUUUGCGCAAAAUCCUAUCAAUAUUCGGGAAGGAAUUAUUUUAUAAUAAUAAAAUAUCUUAUAUAUAAAUGAUAUUAUUAUAAUAUGGUUUUAAUUACAAAUUUUGAAUUAAACAAUAGUAAAAUAACUUGUUUUCUCUUGUUUAACACACUAAUGUCUUUUUGAUUUUUUGUUAUUGUUGUUGGGUAUAUUAUAUUAGUUUUGUUUGUUUCCAUAUAUAUGUAUAAAUUAUUAUAGAAUUCUGUAAUGAAAUAUUAAUGAGUUAUUUGUAUAAACUGAACAUACAUAUUGUAAUGAUAGUAUAAUAAAAAAAUGUGUACAUUAU